UUUCAUUUUUUAAAAUCCUAAAAAACUGUACAAGAAUAUUUGAUAGUUGUUUUUCAUAUUUAUAUAAAAAAUCCUAAACAAAAAAUAAUUGUAUCAUAUUUUAAGUCUUAACCAAAAGAGAAUUGUAAAAAAUUGUUUGAUAAUAUUUUUAAGAGAGUAUUUGAUGAUGAACAUGAUACAAAAAUUAUUUAAUUAACAAAAGAAGUGUAAAAUUAGUAUUGAUCCGAAAUGUAAAUUUUCUUCAUUAGUAACAAAAAUAAUUAUUUGAUAGCAAUUUAUUUUUUCUGAAAUUCUACAGAGAAGGCAAUUGUAAUAAGUUAUAUGAUAGUAAUUUUCUUUUUCUAAAAUCUUAAAAAAAAUUGUAAAAGAGUAUUUAGUAUUAUUUUUUAAUUGUAAAUAAAACGAGAUUUAUAAAAUAUCCUUUAAAAAAAAUCCUAACAAAUUAAAAUUUUAAAGAGUUAUUUAAUGAAUUAUUACAUAAGAACAUGUAUAAUGUUGUCAUUGACUCGACUGAUGUAUAUGACUUUCAUUUCUUUUUACUUUUUAUUUAGUUUCUUAUUUCGGGUUGUGUUCAGUUUAAACGUUUAGAUAUAGUAUUUUAUCUAAUCCUAAGUACAAAGCUUAUAACAUUCAUCAAUAUACCAUGAUUAUAAAAUACAAAUAUUAACUUAAACUUAUGUGUAAAAAUGAGUUUUAAUUAUAAAAUAAAUCUCAAACAACAUGAUAUGCAAAAAAAACAAUCAUAAAACAAUAAUAAAAUUAUUUAAUAUUUUAUAAUUUUUAUUAAAUUAAAACAUCACACAAAACAACGGUUCAUAUCUUGUUUAUUAUAUACAGAGAAAGUAGAAAAUGUAAAACUUGGGUUUCAUCUUAUAUUCAUCUGAGGCCCAAUAACCUGUAGAAUUUCAUUGCAUCUUGGCAGGUUCAGUUCGCAGUAAUCCAAUCUUCUGUAAAAGCCAUAAAAUGAAAAUAAUACAAAAACAAAUUUGCUUAAAUCAAGUCUAGACGAGGCCCAAAAACCACUUCUAAACGAGGCCUAUAUGCACUUCUGAGCUUAUCAUCGUAAAAUAAAAACUCCAAGAGACUCUUUUCGCUUUUCAAGAGAUUGAUUAUCCAUGGACGUCAAGGAAGAGAAACCGAUGGAGAAGACGAUCCCUGUGUUCACCGUGCUGAAAAAGGGAGCGAUUCUCAUGAUCCUCUUCGUCACCAACAGUCACAGCGAGGAAGAACAGAUUCUGCAGGUCGGUCGACAUCCAUGCUGCGACAUUCCGCUGACGCACCGUAGCAUUAGCAGUUACCACUUGCAGAUCCGAUCUCUUCCCUCUGCUCAGAAACUAUUCGUCACCGAUCUAUCCUCUCGGCAUGGGACAUGGGUUAGGGAUCAUAAAGUUGAGCCAGAUACGUAUGUUGAGGUGAAGGAAGGCGAUGUCAUUAGAAUCGGUUGUUCAACAAGGCAAUAUAGACUGAACUGGAUUCCCGUUAGCCUUGCAUACGCCAAGGACAAUCUACUUUUGGAUAGAAUGAUUAAAGCACACAAUCAAAAGUCACAAACGGAUGGACAUCUGGAUGGAUCAUCAGUCUCUAGUAGUGAUGAUGAAUAUUUUCACACUUUAUCAAAGGUGAAGAAUGAGCCGCUGACACCAAAGAAGAUAUCCCCGUCAUACCUCGAUGCUUCAGCAAGAAACAACAUAUCUAGGGACAUUUGUUCUUCUUCUGUAUUUUACAAGAUGAAAUGGACCAUUGUGUUGGACACUUCUUCCCUCCUCGACAAGGAGUCUAGGCAGCCACUGCACUUGCUGCAAGGUCUUAAAGGGACACAUCUGGUCGUACCUCGGACAGUGUUAAGGGAUUUAAAUGAGACUAAGCGCACUUGGAGUUUUCUCUUUAGACGAAGAGCAGAGAUUGCUUCCUCAGCUCUGGACUGGAUCCAAGAGUGUAUAGUUGAUACCAAAUGGUGGAUUCAGCUCCAAAGCCUAUCAGAGGAAACCAAAGCCACUCCUCAGUCAAAUGGAUCUACAUCAGAAGAUCAGGUUCUCGAAUGUGCACUUCUUUAUCGAAACCGUAACAUCUCUGAAAAACUCGUUCUUCUGACCAACGAUGUAACUCUCAAGAUCAAAGCUAUGGCAGAGGAUGUGAUUUGCGAGACGCCGCAUGAGUUCUACCAGAGUCUGAAAAAUACGUCGUCGGAGAGGUUUAUGUGGCCAGAGAGCUUGCCGAGAGGAAGGACUUGGAGUCAUGUUCACGACCACGUGGUGAGAGAAAGGUACACCAACACAGCGAGUGGGGCAGCAACAACAGCAAAAGGCUUGAAGGUUAUUAUUGCUCCAUAACUCUUACGUUGGCAUUUUCAUCAGUACAUAUUUGGGGGAGGGGGUGUGGUUAAAUUUUCAUAUUAUCACGACUUUUUUAAUUGUGGAAUUGCAUUUGUCUUCCAAUUCUGAUAACACUUUGUGAAAUGUUGACAUGCAUGGAAACUACGGCUUGUGUAGUCCUUGAUUUGUGUUCUAUAUCUUUCGUUUAACAAAGUUAAUUGAGCCUUGAGUGUGGA